UAUAUAACAACUCAACACAUUCCUCAUAAACAAAUAACUCUUACCAUCAACACCAAAAUCAAAAAUCUCAAUAUUCUAAGACAUGAAGUUUACAACAUUGACAUUGCUUGUGCUGGUGACAAUACUUCAACUGUCUCCAACUUUGAUCAGAGCCACAAUAGCUAAUGGUCCGAUAGAAGAGAAGGUGACAUGCGUUCUAAUGGAUGUCUUCUGGCCAUGUUUGCUACCGUUAACCCAACCUGAAGCACUACCGAAUUAACAUUGUUGUAAAGUAAUGGUAGAACACAUACCAUGUUUGUGUCAGUUCAUUAAAGGAGAGUGGUCACGAGCACUUUUUGAUUCUCCUGGUAGUCACAAAACAUACAAGCUUUGUAAUAUUCCUCAACCUAAAUGUUGAAAGCUCAUGUGAUAGAUCUAUGAAUUGAUUAUUAAUAAUAAUAAUAAUAAUGAAUGAGUAUUUUUAUUAUUUUAUGGUU